UUUUUGUUUAGCUUAAAUAGCAAGACAUAUCAAAUACAUAUAGCCCCAUUUUUCUACCACCUUUGCUUAUACCUCAAAGCACCCAACCAUAAGACUUAUAAUUCUAAAUAAAUCACUUCUUCCAAUCUCUUUGCCAUUGUAAAUUACCCUUUUCCUAUGCCUUGUUAAACAAGACUAUAUUAUACAAUCAAACCUAAUCUACUAACCUUAAUCAUUCUGUUGCUCCCUUCUAGUCAUUAUUAAGCUCCUCAGUUUCACUCUCCCUGUGUGUCCAUUAUAUUCCAGCAAUACUACUUGUGCAAAAAAAAGCCAAGAAACAUUGAGUUUUACAGUCAAAAAAAUGACCCCUUCAGGAGCUCCUGCUAAAAUACUAAUUGGCCUUUCUUUAGACCCUGAUGAUAGCAAAGAGCUUCUGUCAUGGGCAAUUACUGUUCUUGCUCAGCCUAAUGACCACAUUGUUGCUGUCCAUGUUCUUGUUGGUGAGACGAAGAAGAAGAAGAAGCAGCGUGAAUUGAUUAGGAGAAGACAAUCACAAAUUCGCCAAGCGAAAACUCAUGUUAUUUCUAUGCUUGGAGAAUUUGCAACGACUUGCCAAUCUAAGCAGAUCAAUUUGGAGGCUAGAGUAGGAUUUAGCUCUAGCAUAUCUAAAGGUCUAAUUGAGGAAGUAAAAUCAAUUUCAGCUGACUAUCUUAUUCUUCACGGCUUGAGAAGCAGAUCAAAUAGAACUUGGCAUGAUGUUAUAAGGUAUUGUUUCAAGCAUGCCCCUGAAGGCUGUACAGUGAUUUCUAUUGGGAAAUGUGAACAACCUCCAAAGAAUUCAAUUUCAACGUUGGUGAAAGAAAUUCCUCAAUCGAGUUCAAGGUGGUUAUGCAAUUACAAUCUUUCCAACAGUUUCAACAGUGGAAGAACCGAUUCCCUUGUUGAGAAGGAUAAUGGAUCAGAAACAAAGAGUCAGAAAAGUCCAUCACCAAGAACUGUACUAGCUGAAGUUGAUGGAGAAUCUCACAGCACAGAAGAUGAUUCCAUUAGCAUUGAAGGCUCAAGUAGCAUAGAAUCACCGCUGCCUCCCAAGUUCAGAACCGGAUCGAAAUCAAGAAAGCAAAUCUCUGCCUGUAAAAUUAUCUCCUCAAUCUUUACUUCACCUUUAAGAAAAAGAAAUGGCAGCUUUUCCAAUAAAGAAAAGCAACAGCCUUUGCUCAAUUGCUUCAGCUAUGAAGAGAUUGCCAAUGCCACAAAUAACUUCCAUACAGAUAAUAUAGUAGGGCGAGGCGGCUAUUCAGAAGUGUAUAGAGGUGAUCUUUCUGAUGGAAGAACAAUUGCUGUGAAGAGGUUAGCUAAGGACAACAAGGAUGCUACCAAGGAGAAAGAUUUCCUGACAGAAUUAGGCAUUAUUGGACAUGUUUGCCAUCCCAAUACUGCUAACUUAGUUGGCUGCUGCAUUGAGAAUGGAUUUUAUCUCAUUUUCAAUUUUUCUCAGAAUGGAACUCUGGCUUCUGCAUUGCAUGGAAAAACAAGCAAGUCACUGGAGUGGGAAUUAAGAUACAAGAUUGCCCUGGGAGUGGCUAAAGGUUUACACUAUCUGCAUAAAUGCUGCAAGCACAGAAUAAUACACCGUGACAUAAAAGCCUCCAAUGUUCUUCUUGGACCUGAUUAUGAACCACAGAUAACUGAUUUUGGGCUGGCGAAAUGGCUUCCUAACAAGUGGACUCACCAUGCUGUCAUUCCAAUUGAGGGUACAUUUGGAUACUUGGCACCAGAGUAUUUCAUGCACGGAAUUGUGGAUGAAAAAACUGAUGUUUUUGCAUUCGGGGUCCUGCUCUUGGAGAUUAUAUCUGGCCGGAGACCUGUGGACUCAUCAAAGCAAAACCUUCUUAUAUGGGCAAAGCCUUUGAUGGAAUCUGGAAGCUUAACAGAGCUGGCUGAUCCGGAACUAGAAGGAAAAUUUGAUGAAGAUCAAAUGCACAAAGUAGUGCUAACAGCUUCAUAUUGUGUGAGACAAUCAUCAAUAUGGCGCCCAUCAAUGAGCGAAGUGUUAGAGCUUCUAACAUCUGGCAGUGACUCUGAAGUUGCAAAAACCUGGAGAAUGCCUAAGUUUACCUCUGAAGACUUGGAUGAUUACUCCAUGGUUUUUGGAUAUGAUGUUCCCGUUGAUAUUGUUUUAGAGGAUUAUUUGUAGUUUCAGCUUUUCUUAUUUUCAUGUCUGUAAUUUCUUCUUUUGUUCUUUUUCUUUAAGGACAAGAAUUUUGCCUCAUAAUAAGAGGGCCUUUUUCAGGUAA